UCCGCCAAUCAGGAGGCAGCGGAAGGGAAACGAAACACACCCCGGAGAGAAUGGCGACGAAGUGGCUACGCUUCUCCUUCCUCGUCUUUGGAGUUUUAUCGGUGUGUCUCGCCAUGUCUGGUGACAGCGGUGUGAAGAAAAUGAAAAUGCAGUUUUCUACAAGGCCCUUACUGAAGUUUCAAAUCUGCAUCUCCUGAGGGUACAAGCGGGUGUUUGAGGAGUACACGCAGGCUUUAUACCAGCGGUACCCAGACAUCCGCAUUGAAGGGGAGAACUACCUUCCUAUACCCGUCUAUCGGCAUAUUUCUUCCUUCCUGUCUGUCUUCAAAUUGCUGGUGAUUGUACUCAUCAUUACUGGGAAGGAUCCAUUCGCCCUCUUUGGUGUACAAGCUCCGGGCGUGUGGGAGUGGGGCCAGGGAAAUAAGAUUUAUGCAUGCAUGAUGGUGUUCUUCCUCAGUAAUAUGAUCGAAAACCAGUUGAUGUCAACGGGGGCUUUUGAAAUAACAUUAAAUGAUGUGCCAGUGUGGUCCAAACUGGACUCUGGUCACCUUCCCUCCAUGCAGCAGCUGGUGCAGAUCCUGGACAACGAGAUGAAGAUGAACGUCCACAUGUACACAAAUCCGCACCACAACUCAUAACACUCCUUAGUGCAUAGCGGGAGCUAAAAGCCCUUUCAUGUUUGAGGUGGGAGUCUCCUGGGGCUGUGAUGCCAUGUUUAUGAAGGUCUGUGCUGAAGGCAGGACGACUGCAAGCACAGACUGGAUGCCCCCAUUGUCGUCACCACACCCCUUCGAGACGCUUCAUCCCUGACGCCAGAGUGGGAUUGACAGCUCCCCGUGCCAGCCAGUUGGUCAUUUUCUUCUACUCAUUCCCUUCUUACCCAAUUAGACAUCAGAUUAGGAGAGAUUGGCUCUCGUGGGUGUUUAUUCAGUAGUCUCUAACCGGUCGUAUCUUAUUGAUUGUGCUAAUUCAAUAGUCAUAUUUGUACCACUGAGCCAAGUGUAGAAUUAAUAAUUGAUAAUAAACGUUAGCUAAUGCCCUGCAAAAGUGCACAUCUUAUGCUGUUGUCUAAAUAAUAUGGAGACAUUGUUUUGCUGUUAUUUCCAAAUAAUUUUUAUAUUUGCAGAACUUGGAGAUACAAUGAAUAAAAGCUAUUGUGACUAUGAAA